UCUUCCGGGUCGCGGCCUCGAGGUGCCCACGGUUGUUAUGGAAACCGCGUGCAUGGCGGUGCCUAGACAGGUGUCCAACCGCAGUGUGCUGCGCGAGGAGGCGGGAGGUUCCGUGGACUCGUCGGUCACUGCGCGGACGCCCGUGCCCCCAGUGUCGCCCGGGUCCCUAGAAAGGCUUGUGUCGCCCGCACAGGUCACCGAGUCGCCGGGGAAGAGCCUGUGGGAGCAGAUCUGCGAGGAGUAUGAAGCUGAGAUACCUACCCUUCCAGAAGGAUAUAAAGUGAAGCAGGAGGCCGCCGUUACAGUGAGCUCGGUCACACCAUUGGAGGAACUGGUUCCUCAUGGCUUCAACAUGGAGCACUACUUCCCAGUGCACUCAUUCCCGGUGGUGCCUCCUGUGCCUUGUCCCCCCAAGAAGACAGAGACGGUGGAGCCCAAGACCUGUUCCCCCAAAGAUUAUCUGGAAAUGUUCAUCUUUCCAGUUCUGCUCCCUGGAAUGGCCAACCUGCUUCACCAAGCAAAGAGAGAAAAGUGUUUUGAGAGGAAGAGAACCAAGUUCAUUGCCUGCGACUUCCUGACUGAGUGGCUGUACAACCAGAAUCCAAAGAGGGCAGGGGAGCCGUUCACGGAAUUCUUCUCCAUUCCGUUUGUAGAGGAACGGCUCAGGCACCACCCCCGGCCACCAAUCCCCCUGUCCCUGUUACUGACAGAAGAAGAAGCAGCAAUCAUCAUCCAGUCCUUCUGGAGAGCCUAUCUGCUCCCGGCCACCACCACCAGCCCUGCUCUCCAUGUUCAUGAAUUUCACUAUUACAGGAACCUUAUUGUGAUGGUUCGCUGUGACCCUGAGAUUCAGGAGCUGCGGCAGUGGCAGAAGAAGCUUCGUGAGGACAAGCACAUCCGCCAGCGUGUGAAGAUCUUCUGGGCUAAGCAAGAGCAGAAACUGAAAUGUAAAAUGGAUGAUGAGGAAGUGCCUGCUGCCUCUGCGCCACCUCCUUAACGGAUGCCAGUCACUCCACGCCCAAACUGCACAUUCCCUUAGUGUGGUGGACACAGAACCUUUUGCACACAGGCUGGGUUUGUUGCAGAUGAGCUUAAGCGCAGUUUAGGAAAGUGUCCCUUAGCUUCUUGCCUUACCCCAAAUGCUACUUUUCCAUCUGCUUCUCUACUGUGUUAGGAGUGCCCUUCUGAGCUGCCACAGCAGUUGACAUGGCUAGUCCUUGUCACCAGUUUUCCCACUUUCGCCAGGGCCCGUAUUUUAAUUUAUCUCAGAUCUCUGAGUUAGUUCUGUCUUGGUUUUGUCGAAUUAUUAACACGAGGCAAGGCUUGAGAACUGAGCUGUGUUUCCAGCUCAGGAAGAGAUAGUCUUUGCAAAUGAUUUCCAUCAUCAAAGACCCAGAAGUGUUAUGGCAGCGUCCUAUUAACUUAAUGGUCCUCAUCUGUCUGUGGCCGCUGCUCAACAGGAUUCUCUCAUUUGAAAGGCCCCAGACACAGGAAAGCCUCCUUGGUAGUAUUGGACUGUUUGACAAGCUACCACACAUCUUAGGUAAAUAGUAAAGCCUUUAUUUUCUUGUUAAGAACAGCAUUUUGAAAAUAAAACCUAUCUGCCCAUGCUUAA